UUAGUUUGGUACAUACAGCAUACAGCCCGGCCCACUCAGCCUAGACUUUCCCUGGUUUUUACUUUUUAAAAACUGUUAAUUUAAUUAAUAUGUUAAAUAGUAUUUUAGUUAAAUUGUUAAAUGUUAAUAAUUAUAAUUAAAACUAAAAAGCUUCUUUACUAAAUAUUGAUUUAUACUAUUAUAUAUUUUGUUACAUUGUUAUUUACUAUUCAUGUUUAAAAAUACAGUUUGAAUAAGAAGUACCUACUUAUAGUAAAAUUAAAAAUGGAGCCUAUGGAAGUGUCAGUCACUGAUGAAGAGUACAUGAUGCAGAAAGCUAAAAGUUUCCUUGAGACUGAUUGCUAUAGAUGUAGAUCAUGGUUACUUACAGCUAAAUCAAUGUUUCCUAGUAAUUUUGGAAUACAUUUUGAAUGUUAUGAAAUAGAAAAAAAUUUACGUUGUGUUCAAAGAGCAGCUAGAUGUUUCAGUUGUCUGCUUGAAGAUUUUCCAAAUGAACCAAUUCUUUGGAAAGAAAUUGAAAACUUUACACCAAUAUUAUGCAUGGACACAUCUUCUUUAUCAGAAGAACAAACAUUUUUUAGAAAAAUGUUUUCUGCACUCCCUUUAUCUAUUCAACAGAAAUUAUUGUCAGUAUGUGCUGAAAGAAGUGAAGACACUAUGGAACAUUGCCGUCUAGUACUUUUACUUCUAAAUCGUUUCCCUCAAUCAUCAACUGAAUUAGCAUUAAAACUCAUGGAUACAAUGAUUACAGCAGAAAAACACAAUCAAUGCCCAAAUGUUAUAAACUGUUACAGAAAAAUUUUAGUAUGUGAUCUUGGUCCUUUAUUAGUAUCAACAAGUACAUUAAAUCAGAAAAAUCUUUAUAAAAUGUUGACAAAAACUACUGAAUUUUAUAUUACAUAUGCGAUGGGAGGACAUUCUAUUAUUCAGAACUUGCCCGAUACAGAAAAUUAUAUUAAAACACCUUGGGAAGAUUUAUUUGCUUCAUGUGAACGUAUUGGUAAAAAACUUUCUUGGGAAUUAAGAUCUGUUCUAAGUCAAAGUGAUAAACGAAAAGCAUGGAAAAAGGUAUCAAGUUUUGCAAAAAAGUUUGUAAUUGCUUCAAAUAACAGUGAACUUAGCAAACAAUUAGUGUUUUGUGGAAUGAUAUUAUUUGUAAGACAUGUUUUUGAUUACAAUAAAUCUUUAAAAAUUGAAAAUGGUUCAGAAUAUUUGUUAGUUAAAGCAAUAAAAGGUCCAAAAGUACAAAUUAAUAAACCUCCUUUGAAACAAGCAGUACUUUCCAUAGCCACUAAAUUAAAUGAAUCAUUGAUUGGUAUUACUGAUGAGUCAUCUGAAGUUCUUGAUAAUUUUAAAAUGGCUUUCAACUAUUGGGAAUUACUUACUAAUAAAGAACCAAUGUGCACUGAUUAUUGGAAAUUAAGUGCUCAAAUUAAAGUUGAUACAUUCAUAGGACAAUUCCUUAAUGAUAUUGAAUUUUAUCAAGGGAAGUACAAGAAUCUUUUUAAAGCUGUUCCAGUUAAUGAAAGUAUUAGAAAAUCAUUAUCAUUAGUGACUUUAUACUAUUGUGUACAAGAAUUUAAGAAAUGUACCGAGCACAUAUUCAAGGUAGUAGAGCAAAUAGAAAAUCUCAGUUUGUAUGGAAGUGUGUCUACAGAAAUAGCUAAUCCACCCGAAGAUAGAGAAAUGUAUUUUAUCCAAAUAGCAAAAUUGCCUGUUUUACAGUAUUGUGUUAAGAUAAUGACUCAGAUACUCUACAAUCAGCUUUCCAAUUAUCCAUCAACUAGUGAUAUUCUAAUUGGUCAUCUUUUAGUAUUGUCACAAAUGGUUUGGCCUGAAGGCAAAAUAAUUGCUGAAGAUAUGUAUAACCAUAUAGGAAAACUUCCUUUGUUUACGUAUCCUCAAUUUUCAGCUUACAUUACUAACAUAGAUAUUAUUGAGCACUUUAUGGCUAUGUUUAUGGAAAAUGAUAAAUGUGUCUUAAAUGUUUUUCCAUGUGUAGCUUCUUCAUUAAGUCCAAGAAUAUCAACCAGAGGAGCUGGAAAAGGAGUAAAAGAAGAAUUUCGAUUAGCAUUGAAAAAACAAGUAACACGAUGGUCGGAACCCAUUGAUGAAACUAUGUUAUUAUUCUUUAAGAAUGAAAGAGAAAGUUUAAUGAAAACAGCUACUCUUAUGGAAAAAUCGUUAACUUUUUAAGUGUUCUUGAACCAUCAGGAGCAGUAAUAUAGCUUGAUCCAUAAAAAUGGCCAAAACUUUUAUGCGCCGGCUUACCAUCACCACUAGUAAACUCUGAUGGGAAGGUUUCUGUACCCACUCUGUUGAUGGCACAAGAAAAAUAACUAUUGGCAACUGCAGCUGUUCUGGCUUCAAUUCCCCAAAGUGUUUCACUGCAUGUAACAUUAAAUUAAUUAUAAUAAAUUUGAAUUUUUUAAU